GGCGGCCAGGGCUCUCCAUGCGCAAGCGGCGGCGGCGGCGGCGGGGGCGGCACCGGCGGUUUCUGCUCCCCGAGGAGGAUGAAGACAUUGUUUGAAGAAAUCAAAGCAUCAAUUAAAAAUAACUAUAACCAAGACCGUUCAUUUUGGAGGCCUGUCCUUCCCUGGGGAGGGGUUUUUACCAUCAAAGCUGGCCGCAAAGCAGUGUCCUGUACACCACUCUAUGUUGAAAUAAAUCUGAAAAAUACCUGCACUAUAGAUGGAUUUUUGAUGUUACUAUAUGUCAUUCUUCAUGAAAAUGAAAAUUUCCCCAGGGAACUCUCUCUUCACUUAGGCAGAGAGUUCGUAGACUGUUUUCUUUACUUAAUGGACUCAUACAGUUUUACAACUGUAAAACUACUCUGGAUUUGGGACAAGAUGGAAAAACAGCAAUACAAAUCUGAAGUUCACAAAGCUUCAUUAAUAAUUGAUUUGUUUGGAAAUGAACAUGAUAAUUUUACAAAGAAUCUGGAAAACCUCAUGUCGACCAUUCAAGAGAGUUAUUGUUCAAACUGGAGAUGUCCAACCCGAGUGCAGGAAGAUCAGCAGCGAACAAUUAACAUAAAUCCUCCCCAAGAAAUACCCCAUGGAAAUUUGAUUCGAUUGGCUGUGGAUGAAUUAUUUUGUUCCAAGAUAGAACUAUGUGAAGAACAAGGCUGUGGUGGGCUAAGAGAAUUUUCCCAGCGAGUUUUCUGCCAUGGAGCACCACCUUUUGUUGUCUUAAAUAUGCAGCACUGGAAAUCUGAAGAUCUGGCAUAUGUACCAUAUUACUUGGAUUUAUCUGAUCACAAGUAUUUGUUGGAAGGUGCCACAUUAUUUAACAAAGAGGAACAUCAUUAUUCUGCAGCUUUCCAGAUUGAUGGAUAUUGGAUGCACUAUGAUGGCCUCAGAAAUGUGAAUUUAAUUUUGUUAAAUAAACCACCAGAGUUUCUCCUCUUGUCAUCGUUGGUUUAUAUUCGAGCAACAGAAAAAUAAAUAUAGACUGAUGCUAAAUUAAAUUGUGUUCCCUCCUGCCCCUCCCCUCCAAAUUAAGGGCUCUUAUUUUCUGUUUACUUGGUAUCCAAGAAAAUUGUUGAACUAUAGUAGUUUCAGAGUUGUAUUAUCCCAUGUUAAGCCCCAGGUAUAUGUUUUAUAUAGAGAAAAAACUAUGCAAAAUGUUUGUAAUUCUUUUUAUAUUUCCUGAUUUAUUUUUAUACAAGGAUAUUUAAUGUUGAAAUAAAAAUUUCUUGUAGACUGAAUUUUGUAUUCAUAUGUACAUCAGAUCUGUUGAAAUUAAUGUAUCUUUAUGCCCCCAAAAUUGCAUUUAUAGUUAAAAUUCUUCAAUUCUGAAUCAACAAUUGGGAAAAGCCAGAUUAAAAUUUACUCAAAGUUUAGAACACUUUGAUAGUAUAAAAUUGAGCUGAGUUGGGAAAUGUGUCUUUGCAUUUCUGCUUCACCUCAUUUCACCCACAACCCAGAGUGCGUUAUGAAAUCAGCUAGGUAUUGUUUGAAUAUGUAAUUGUCAGUGUCUUAACUAUUUUUAUCCAUUUUUUUCUGUCCUAAAAAUAUCAAAUUUUUAAACAUUUUAUAAAUAUAUGUGUGUACCUGUGAUUCUUAUGCAUGGGCUUUGAAUUCUUUUUCUUAAAUAUUGCUAAGAGAAUUUUGAACCAGCUUCUCAAGUAUUACAGUCCUUGCUAACUAAUUUUAAGUAUUAAUUCCCAGGGAAGUAUUACUAAUAAUUAUAUAACCAUCGCAAAAAUGUCUUGUUUCAAAAUUAAAUAUAAAUAGAAGCUAUAAGAGUGAUAAAUGUGCUCUAUUAGAUAUUAAAGUAGACAGAUUUAUUUCUCAUGCUAGUAUAAAUGUAAGCAGUGUGCUUUAUUUUGUUGAAAUGACUAAAAGGAAAACUUGAAAUUAGAAUUUUUGUUUUUGUUAUUUGUCCUAAAUCUGAAUAUUAAUAAUCAGAAACAAAAAUAUAUAUACUUUGGAUAUACAAGUGUCCUUGCUUGGUGAAUUAAUAGUUUUAACAGUUUGGAUUUUGGAUAUCCCACUCCCAAAUUUACAUUUAUCAGAAUAUAAGACCUCAAGAAUCUUAUCUUAUUAUUAAUUCAGUUGAGAAGAAGAAGAUUUUCUAGGAACCAUAGAAGCUACAAUUGGCUUAACAUUCAUUUGGGCAAAUUUUUUUAGAAAUAAAUUCUACUCCUAAUACUACACAGUUUACUUCCAUAGUGUAAUAUUUUUUAUUAAAUGAAUUCUCAAAUUGCCAUUGUGGUCAGAUUGGUAUUUCAGAAUGCAGCUAAGUUGGGGGAAAAUAGAACACAAAAUGAAAGUAUUUAGACAAAAGAUAAAACUGGGGUUGAGCAAUCACUUUUACCAAAAAAAAAAAAGAAAAAGAAAAAAUGUAUGAUUCCUUAUUGUAUUUUUAAAAGAAUUUGAUAUCUAGUCAAACUUUACUGAACAAACCAAGGUACAUUUGGUACUACUCUGGGUUAAAAAGAUUAAAAGUAAUAGCUUACAUUUAUAUAGUGCUGUAAUGGUGGGGUAAAGGAAUUAUAUUCCCUAAAAGAGAGGAUACAGAUAAUACAAAAAUUGAGUCUUUACUAAGAUUAUGCUUAAAAUGCAGAUUUUACUCAAUAUUUUGCACCUUAUUUAAAAUAAAUACUUGAUGCUAGUUGUUACAAAAUGGUGACUUACCUACCUCACAGGGUUGUUGUGAGGAUGAAGAUAAUGUUUGUAAACCUUAACCAUCCUGAAAGGUGCUAAUAAAAAAAAAAACUGAUUUUUUUUUCUCUUUCA